AUGGCAGCCAUCCCCUCCAGCGGCUCGCUCGUGGCCACCCACGACUACUACCGGCGCCGCCUGGGCUCCACUUCCAGUAACAGCUCCUGCGGAAGUGCCGAGUACCCGGGGGAAGCCAUCCCCCACCACCCGGGUCUCCCCAAAGCAGAUCCAGGACACUGGUGGGCUAGCUUUUUCUUCGGAAAGUCCACUCUCCCAUUCCUGGCCACAGUGCUGGAGCACCCAGAGCACUCGGAGUCUGCCCAGGCCUCCACCAGCACGAUCACCUGUGACCUGGCUCGGGAAGCUGUGGGGAAGCAGCAGCCCAGCGGCCAGCCUGGCAAAACCAACUGCAGGCCCCCAUCCUGA